AUGGAUGAAAAUAUGUAUCGAUUAAGGAGCGUCAACAUGAGCCGCAGUCCAGACAGGAUGUCUUCAUACCGCCGGCAGUUCUAGGGGGCCUUUGCCGCACCACCUGCCUACAAGUUGCGGGUGUCCAGUCCCUCUCCCACCCGCAGGGAGUCCCGCCACAGGUCGGCCAGCUACACCCGGAUUGCCGGGUCAAUGGGGCGCAGGGCCAUCUCCAACAAGUCUGCCAUGAGCAGUGUGAGUAUGGGAACUCUGUGCCUCGGGAUACCCAUGGGGCUCGGGAAACAACUGGACCUGGAUGCUGCUGCGGUAGAGAACCAGGCCUUCAUGGCGACUCGCACCACCGAGACGCAGGAGAUGGUUCUCCUCAACGACCGCCUAGCAGCGUAUAUUGAAAAGGUGCGAAACCUGGAGUCAGAUAACAAGCUGCAGGAGGCAGAGAUUGAGUCCCUGAAGAACCGCCAUGAAAGACCAUCAGGCCUAAGGAAGCUGUACGAGACUCAGCUGAAGGAACUCCUCAGGGAUGCAGAGAGAAUGAGAGUCCAGAGGGAUAUGUCUUUGGAAUCCAAGGAGGCGAUGUUGGGCCAGUUCGAAAUAUUGAAGGCCAAAUACUACGAGGCUGUUGAUGCCCGUAAAAAGAAGGAGCAGGAUAUUGAGAAUCUCCGUCCGGAUGUGGAUAAAGCAAUGACAGCACGGAUUGUGUUGGAGAAACAUCUGGAAAACCUUGAGGUCCAGCGGGCCUUCCUGGAGAGAGUUCAUAAAAAGGAAAUUGAUGAGCUGAUGCAGCUGAUCUGUGGAGAAACCUCCAAGGUGGAAGUGUCCUUCGGCCUCCCCGACCUCUCCUCUGCUCUCAGACAGAUUCAGUCUCAGUAUGAAAGUAUUGCCGCCAAAAACCUAGAGGAUUGGUUCUCUUGGUACAGGUCAAAGUUUGAGGACCUGAACAGCGCCUCAUCCAAACACGCCCAUAAGACUCGAAGUCUAAGAGAGGAAAUCGCAGGCUACAAGAAGGAUGUUAGUAUGAUUUCCUGUUCCUGUUCUUUUCUGGCGACGAAGAAUGAGUAUUUGGAGGCUCAGAUUCGUGAUUCAGCAUUAAAAUACAAGAAGGACGUGGAGGACUUGGAGGAGCGCAUAGAGGCGAUUAAACUGGAUUUGAGAGUAACUAAAGACAAGAUUGCUAUGCUGCUGCGGGAAUACCAGGACCUGCUGAACAUGAAGAUGGCUCUGGAGGUUGAGAUUACCACCUACAGGACUCUGAUCGAGGGUGAAGACAGCCGUCUGAGCACCAUGGUCCCACAACUGUCUCUAACUGGAGGCCAUUAUCUCACCUGUGGUGUUAGCAUGAAUGCUACUUCAGCUUCAGUCUCUGAUAGCUCUGCUGCCACUUCAAAGCUAGAUGGAAACCCAGAUGGCAUGAGCAGUACUGGGGGGGAGAAAGCUCCUGGUUUCGGCCGGGGGGAGACGGCCUCAUCUGACGCCCUGACAAACGGGACUGAGGGGGGUCAGACGACUGAGACCACUGAGAGGAAGACUCUCCUCAUCAGAUCAGUUAAGACAGAGGGGGACACUUAUGAGAGCGACACCCAGGAGUGCACCUUCAUCAUUUCUGGAGCAGCGGACGAGACAGAAGAAUAA